GUGAAGACGAGAAACUUGCUGCUUCUUUGCUAGAUGGGAAGUUUCCCCGGAGCACAUCGAUGCAAGACACUGUCAGGGAAGGGCAUGGGAUUCCACCCCCACCUCAAACAGCCCCGCCCCCACCUCCUUCUCCGUAUUACUUUGACACAGGCCCCCCUCCAUCCUUCUCGCCACCUCCACCCCCAGGAAGAGCUUAUGAUACCAUAAGAUCAAGCUUUAAGCCAAGCCUGGAGGCUAAACUCCAUGGACUCCCACAAGUCAUUAGCGCAGCUGAAAUGUAUGAUCAGGCGAGGACUUCCAUUCCUUACCCUGAAAGGCAGAAGAGGGCUCGAUCCAUGAUUAUCCUGCAGGAUUCCUCUCAUCUUCCCGUGGAACCAACAGAGAUCCCCCGGCCUGGCCCAUCUGCAACCCCUCCAGAGAAGCUGAAGAGGAAGGGGAGAGUGAUUGACAACCCUUAUGCCAACAUGGGUCAGUUCAAUGUCAGCCUGUUUGCUCCCACCAAGCCACAGAGGAAGAAGAGUCCUCUUGUUAAGCAGUUACAAGUGGAGGAUGCACAGGAGAGAGCAGCACUGUCCAUCACCGGAGGCUUUACAAGGGAGCCCUCUCCCACCCGCAGGAGCCAUCGCCUGAGCGGAGUGGAAUAUCAGCACCACACUGGCAUUGCUCAGGUUGAAGCCACAAGCAUCCCCUUUGCCACUGCCAUCGCUGGAGUCAUGAAGGACAGAGACCGUCGUCUGGAUGAGAGGCGGAAAUCCACUGUCUUCCUCUCGGUUGGGGCCAUCGAAGGAAGCCCCCCCAGCAGCGACAUGCCAUCCUUGCAGCAGUCCAGGUCUAUUGAUGAGCGGUUGUUAGGAAGCCGAGAUGUACUACUGCCUUCCCCUGUCUCAGCUUUAAAGCCAUUAAUUAGCAGCUCAUCCUCAACGUUCAUCCACCCCCUAACAGGAAAGCCCUUGGAUCCGAACUCACCACUGGCACUUGCGCUGGCCGCAAGAGAACGGGCCCUCUCCACUCAAGUCCCAUCCCGGUCGCCCACCCCGAUCCACAGCCCAGACUCAGACAGAGCAGCACCCCUGUUUGUGGACAUCCAAACCAAAGAACCAGAGAGGGAGGAGUUGGAGAGCUUGGUGUCCCCUGCGUACUCACCUGGAGGCAAAGGGUGGGGGACUCCAUCCACACUGAGAAAAGAAACCGAGGCGAGAGCAGAAACACCUGGGAAGGAGGAGAAAAAACAAGAGGACAAGAAGUCCAUGAUUAUUAGCAUAGUGGAUACAUCACAGCAGAAGACCGCUGGCCUCAUCAUGGUUCAUGCCACAAGUAAUGGCCAAGACGAGAUAGGACUUGAGGUAAAAGAGGAGAAACCAGCUGUCCCUGAAGCAUGCGCAGAGCCAGUAGAGUCCCCCAAAGCAGAGACCCAGCCCAGUCCCGUGGGAAAGCCUCCCGUCAGUCCAGCCUCUGACAAGACGUUGGGACAAGGGAGUUCGGAGGAGGAAGUGGAGCCCUACACGGUUACCCUCCCACCAGCUCAGUUGUCUUCGAGUGAUGAAGAGACCAGGGAGGAGCUGGCCAAGAUAGGGCUGGUGCCUCCACCAGAUGAGUUUGCAAAUGGGGUACUGGUCACCACCCCUGGCACACCAGUCAGCCACCUGGCUACGCCUACACCUUCUACCACUGGCGGAACACCCUCAGGGAAGCCCUCUGAUGCCCCCGUAGCCCCAGAGUCUGCUGCAGACUCGGGAGUGGAAGAGGUGGACACCAGAAGUUCAAGUGACCAUCACCUGGAGACCACAAGCACCAUCUCUACGGUCUCCAGCAUGUCUACGUUGUCCUCAGAAAGCGGGGAGCCUACUGACACAUACACUUCCUUUGCGGAUGGACAAACUUUUAUACUCGAGAAGCCACCAGUGCCUCCAAAGCCAAAACUCAAGUCCCAGCUCAGCAAGGGGCCAGUUACUUUCAGGGACCCACUUUUGAAGCAGUCUUCGGACAGCGAGCUCAUCUCCCAGCAACAUGCGGCCACUCUGGCAUCAGCCAGCAUUGGCCGGCCACGCUACCUCUUUCAGAGAAGGUCCAAGCUAUGGGGGGACCCCAUGGAGAGCAGGCCAAUCCAUGGGGCUGAUGAUGACAAGCCAACUGUGAUCAGUGAGCUAAGUUCCCGACUACAGCAACUGAAUAAGGAUACACGAUCACUGGGGGAGGAACCAGCCGGGUCCACGUUAGAUCCCGGGAAGAAGUCACCUGUGGUCGCGGCACGGUAA